AUGGCGCCCGACACGAGCACACGUCCACGAGCGGAUCGUGGCAAAGGAAAGCAGGAUCAACAACCUGGCAAGCCUUACCACAAGAGAGGACAACCGGAUCGGUCAGCUCCGACGCCUUCGCAACGACCCCACUUUGCCGCGCGGGGCGACCGACCACCUCGACCCCAACCGGGGCCAUCCCCGUCGCCUGCAUUCCAACGUCCGAACCGACCUCGACCUCCCUUGCCCGCCCAAGGAUCAGCUCCCAAGCCCACGCCUUCCUCACUGACGAUCAAGGACCAGACGCUCAGCUCACCCCCGCAAUUGGACGCCCAUCCCCGGCUCGCCAGGCUCGAAUUGACCUCGUGUCAGGGGCUCGGUUCGCUCGCCUUCCUUCGUUCGGCGAGGCAUACGUUGGCCAAUCUCAAUCUCAGCGGUACACCCUUGCCUGAUUCGAAUGCGUGGGAGCCCGUCAGGGAGCUGUCGACGCUCAUUGGUCAAUCUCCAUCACUCUCAAAGGUCACCUCCAUGGGUAGGAAGAGCUGAUGGUUGUCGAUGUGCACGAAACAGUCCUCAACGUAUCCAAUUGUGGAUUGAAACAAGUUCCCUCGGUGAUCGAAUCGCUCGUCUCGCUCAAGGCGCUCGUCCUCUCCCACAACCACCUCACGACCUUGGAUCACGUGAAGCGUUUACCUCAGCUCAACACAUUAGGUCCGUGCAAAAAGCUGUGGCCAGAGUCUGGUGGUCGUGUUUGCUCAACACUGACACGUCUCUCCCUCCUUAUACCUUUCAGUGGUCUCCUACAACUCACUCACCUCCCUUCCUUCAGCGGACCUCUCCUCCCUCGGACAACUCAAGAAAUUAUCCGCGUCGCACAACCUACUCACCUCGACCUCCUUACCCGAUCUCUCGAAUCUCACCCACCUCCGAGAAGUCCGUCUCUCCAACAACCCCAAACUCGCACAGCUUCCUCUCCACUUUAUCGCAUGGGGCCAUGCGCCCCUCCGGGAGAAGAGGGACGAAGAAGCCGAUGCUCAGACUGCCGAAGCAGAACCGAGGCGAGUUGCUGGAAAGCAGGGUUUGGAAGUGGUCGACCUGGGCAGUUGCGGGUUCGAGGAUUGGUUCGGCUUGAAGGAGUUGGCCAAACAUCCGAUUGUGAAUUUGGUGCUCAAGGGGAAUAAGGUUGUCGAUGAGUUGGUGGAGGAGGAGGGGUUCGAGGCGUAUAGGACAAGGGUUCGUGCUCGAACCGGGCCCUCGCGCCGUAACCCCCUUUACGCAGCUGUGCUCAUAUGCCCUUUUGACUCUCAGUUGACCACGCUGCUCUCGGACCUCAAGAUCCUCGACAACGUGCGCUUCGACGCCAAGUUCGUCGAACUGAAACAGAAGCGCGAACAACGCACGCCACAACAACGCGUCUUGGAUGCCGGUCCAAUGGGGUUAGCGAUCAACGCCAAGAAGGAGAAACCGGUCGAUAUCCCUAAAAUGAUGCUGGAUGAGUUGGAGAGGGAGAAGGAGAUGAGGAGGCGGAGGAAGGGGUUGGAGAGGAAGAGGAAGUUGAUGGGGGAGACCGAAGGGGAGGGUGGGGACGAGGGCCAGAAGGAUGAGGGGGCAGAGGCGCAGGAGGAGAAAGAAACAGAGGAGGAGGCAAAGGUCGAAGUUGUCGAAGCGGUACAGCAGAGGCGGAAGCGUGGGCGAGAUGCAAAGCGACUUGGACUGAAAAAGGAUAUCGGCAAGACUGCUUCGGGCGAGGUGAACAAGCCUACAGUGUCGGCUAAAGAGAUACCGGCGGUGGAAGACAAGGAGGAAAAGGCGGACGGGGAACCUGCCAAGAAGAAGAAGAAAACCAAGAAGGGUGGCGCACUGGACGCGCUCAAGGGCGACAGUAGCGAAGUCGUGGCCGGAGCAAAGUCUUCCUCGACACCAACAGAGGCAGCGAAGCAAAAAGAAACGCACGUCGCGGAGAACGAGGACCCACCCAAGAAGGAAAAGACAUCGGUACUCAAGGUUAUUGAGGUCAAGAAGGGCAAGAAGGAGGCCAAGGCCAAGGCGGUCGAUGUCGAAGAUUUGCUCGGGUUGGCGAAGGCACCCGAAGCGAGUUUGUUUGGUGCGGGAUGGGAUUGA